GUUAGUAUUACAUUGCAUCGGCAGUGCUAAAUAGCUUCAAUUACGAAUAAUACCACAGCAGUAAUCGCUUGUUUACAUGAAUCGGUUGUUAGUACUGGUGCGAUGAUUCAUCAUCAUAGAAUUUAAUAAGUGCAAUUAAUUCUCAUGCAAAAAUUAAUCUUCCUCUGAGGCGUCACAAACAUUGCAAUGAAAUUUUUUUUACGAUUCAAGGAAUAAAUUUUUUUUAUUGCAAAAAAUAUACUGGUUGAUUCAUAAAAAAAAUUAUUUUCUUUCGACCUUUUGGGAUUACGUUCACCAAAUUUAUUGUCUUGUGAAAAAGUCGAUACAUUAGUGACGUGCAAAAAAGCCGGCACAACAAGUGACACCACUGCAAAAACUUUGGACUCCAUAUUUACAUCGUGAAUGAUCACGUGGACCCCGUGGCUGGUCCAAUGAGAGCCUCGUGCCAGUGUUUUGCUUGCUGAACACUGUUGUUUACAUGCAAAAUACUUCUAUGACAGCUAUACAUGAGCUAAAAAUUCUGUGCAAUAUUUAAACCCUAUUGAACUAUAGCUAUUAUUCACGAAUGAAUGGGAAAUUGUUGGAAAAUGUGCUUGUGAAUAAAAUGAGUAAUUUUUCGAAUCAAAACCUAAAGACAAUGGAAAACCAGAAAGACGACGAGCCUCAGGUAUUCGUAACCUUGAAGAAGGAUGAAGGGGCCCCAUCGUCGAGUGAUAAGUCAACGGAUUAUAAAAAUCCCCAGAGUAAAAUUGCCAGGGGUACAAAGAAAAUGAGAAUUGACUCCACAGACUUCAACCAGCCGACUGAGAAAAAAGAAACCAAAGAUGACGAAGGAGAGACAAAAAUUGAACCAAAAAUAGAUAAAAAUGUGCGCUCCUUCAAGCGCUCCUGCGAAUUAUGGUCCCUCGAAGACAAGAACACCUUCUUCAAAGCAGUGAACGAAUUCGGAAAAGACUUCGACGCCCUCCAAGCGUACUUCCAAUCUCAAGGUAAGAAAAAGGGCCUGCCGGAGACAAUGAUAAAGAACAAAGAGCAAAUCCGUCACUUUUACUAUCGAACGUGGCUAAAGAUCUCCAAGCACCUGAAGUUCUCCGAGGAUGUGAAGAAAGCCACCCAAGAGAUCUACGGUUUAAUAAAUUACGGAGAACUUCGAAGGAAACUCCCUCGAAUACAUGAAAAAGUUCUCUUGAAGCUCAACGAACUGAUUUUCUGGGGCUCGACGCAGGUUCGUCUACGAGGCAAAACCAUGAGAAUCAAAACCCCCAUAUGCCGAGCCCUGAGGAAGCUCAAUCAGCUCGAGGAUUGGCAGGAGGAGAUAAAACUUCCCUCCAGAGUUACAGUUGAGCUACGCCCAGCAAACAAUUCCACCUGGUGGGAGGUGCAAGCACACGCAAUGAACCCACGAGUGAGAACCCUCUUACCAAUUCAACGAAGACUGUCAACCCUCCUAGCCUUUCUGCAGCAGCGAUGGAAGCCAGCUAAAUAUAGGGUUUCUCCAAACUUCGAAAACGAGGUGCUGGACCAAAAGGACCCUAAACUACUGCGAGUGGCCCCACAGGAGGGCAUUAAAAUUGCUCUUCCUAUGGUGAACUUGGGAGAGUACCUCACCAGCAACAGUGUGAGCUUCAACUCCUACGAGGGACGUCUGGGACUAAAGUCUUCGAGGGUCGAGCUGCUGGGUUCUGUGCAACACCUGAAAGGAGUUGGAAAAAAGUCCAUCAAGAAAAAGACAGACAAACGAACUCAGAGUUUAACAGAGGAGUGUCCAGUCUCCUUACUGUACACUAACAAUGACCUUGAUGGAACCGAGAGCAGUGUGAACCCAGAGAAGAAUCUCUUCGCUUCUCAUUUGGAAAAACAUCCUGUGGAGACAUCGAUGGAGCCUAACAGGUAUCCAGGGAGGGAAACUGUGGAGAGGAUUCGCGAGGGCUGGACUAUCGAUGAGGCGAAUAGCAUUACAGUUGGGGAUUUGCUCCUGAUGUUUGGACGGGAAGGGAAAAUAACUCUCGAAUACUGGUGGGAUGUGCCGGGGGGCUCCGAUGGGGCUAGGGAGCGCGCCAGACAGACUGAUGGAUUGGCUCUUGCUUUGAAGAAACUUCUCUCCAUUGCGAAACACAAUUAUGGAACGAGCAAGGCUUAUGAAAAUGCUGGAAGCAAUGAAACUGUGAUAUCAUCCAGGAUACCCUCUGCCAAGGAGUCGACGUUCAGGCGACCACUGAUACCCCAGCCUUAUCAUCAGAUUGGAAGUCACGAUGCCUUCAAGACACAGUUGGAUAAAUUUAAGACUAGGUUUAGCAAACGGGGGAGAACUGUCCGACAGAGGAGCCUCAUUGUUCAAAGAACUAUCCCUGUGGUGGUGAGGCAGGAGGAAGUGCAGAUGGAGGCAGAUAGGGCUGGACACGAAGCAAGUCCUACCAUCGAGUUGAAUCAACCCAGUGGAGAAUUUUUGACUGCACUUGGGGGUAGUUCGGAAGCAUCGAAUUCUAUCAUCACUAGUGCUACACAGAUACUCAAGGAAGGGGAGGGACAGUGGUUGAAUAGCGAGGUGGCAGAUUACUCAUUAAGUAGCUUUUUGGGACAAUUUGAGUCGCCGGUCAAGGGUUUCCAGAGGAGCAACGCUGGUACGAGCCUCGGGGAUGGUCGACCUUCGUCUGAUGUUGUCAGCCAGAUGCAAUGUUUGAUGGGUGAGAGCAGCGUCGAUUACAUGGCCAAAUUCGCUAACUUGGCCUCGCAAAUAGCCUCAGACGAGCAGGAUACGUGAGUCACAUGACGAAUUCUCAAAAAAAAAAAAAAAAAUGAGAUUGAUAAAAAAAAAACAACACAGAGGAUUAUUAAGUUGUAACCUUGACUCCUCAGUGUAUUUUUCAAUUUUAUACACAACCCGAUUGUGACGAGCCGUUGUAAAAUAUCUCAUGUAAUGAAGUGUAAUUAUGAGCAUCA